AGGAGGCGGAGGAGGCGGAGGAGGCGGAGGAGGCGGAGGAGGCCGGGCUGGCGGCGGUGGCGGCGCCAGAGGCGGGCGGCGCGGCGCAGUCCACAGAGGCGGAGGCGGUGAUGGCGGAGGCGGUGACGGCGGAGGCGGUGAUGGCGGAGGCGGUGAUAGCGGAGGCGGCCGCGGCGCGAGCGGGCGAGGGGUCGGCAGCGGAGGCGACGGCAGAGGCGGAGGCGACGGUGACGGUGGCGGCGGCGGACGGCCAGGCGGCUGCCGUGGUGGAGGGGAGCCCGGACGAGAAGGGCGUGGCGUGGUUCACGGCGCAGUCGCUGCCUCACAUCAUCUGCCAUCUCGCGCCACAGCAAGACAACGACUACGACUGCGGUGUCUACAUGCUCCACUUCGUCGAGAAACUCGCCUGUGCGGAGAGGCUGCCCUCCUUCGCCAGCGCGCAGGGGCUGGUCGACUUCUUCCCAAAGAAGCUCGUAUCGCCGGCGCAGAUCACCGAGCAGCGCAGGCGCAUGCAGGCCGCAAUUGAGGAGGAGCGGAGCCGGCAGAUGGACGCGGGAGACAUGGUGGAGUAGCAGCGCGGGCGGGAAUCGAGCCACAUGUGUUGUUGUCAUAUUGCUUGUGUCGUGUGUGAGAGUGAUGGGAGAACCCGCUGCACCAGAAGUUUCGCCUCUCUUCUGAAGUCCUUUUAUCUCGUGUAUUACAGGGU